CUUGGUAGCCCAAAGAUGUGGAGGUGAGGAGCUUCUAGUCAAAAUGAUUCAGCAAGAAACCAUCACCGCCCCGCGCCGCCCCAGCCGGAGGCAGGCAGCCCCCACCCCGGCCUGGGGGCGGUUUGCAGGGCGGGGCCCCCCCUGCUCUUUAGCACUGGGCACCGACUCCCCCAGUGCGCACCGCUCUCCACGCAGGCAGCCAUGCGGCGAGCCCGGGAGCUGCUCGCCUUCUGCUGCCUGGUCUUGAGCACCACCGGGCGCCCUUCGCGAGUUCUGUGCUUCUCUCUUUCAGAUUUUUGUGCCCAGACCCUUAACUCAGAUGUGAAACCAGGAUUUCCUAAAACAAUAAACCCCAAUGACUCAGCAGUCCUCAAAGCGGCCAGACACAGCGUUGAAAGGUUCAACAACUGCACAAAUGACAUCUUCUUGUUCAAGGAGUCCCACAUCAGCAGAGCCCUGGUCCAGAUUGUGAAGGGUCUGAAGUACAUGCUGGACAUGGAGAUUGGCAGAACUUCUUGCAAGAAGACCCAGCACCCUAGUCUAGACAACUGUGACUUCCAGACAAACCACACCUUACAACGGAUGUGAAAUUCUUCAAAACAACUUGGGGCAGGGGGAGAGCUUAAUAAGGAAAAUGCACACACACAGGUAUGUGUGCACAUGCAUAGCCCACAGGCAGCAGCACCAGAACUUAACCUCUGUGGAGCAUGUUGGGAGGGCGGCCUCUGCCCCAGGAAGAUUCUCAGGAGGAUUCUUCUUUGUUUCAGACUUUCAGUUGCUACUCUGAAGUUUGGGUCAUCCCCUGGCUCCAGAGGUUCGAGGUGCCCGUCCUCCACUGUCAGUGACUUCCACCUCACAGCAAGACUGCACCUGGGCUGUUUACUGUGCUCAGUCACAGCCCUGUCCUGGCUGUUACAGACCCUUGGACCUUCUAUAGGAGCUCAGCAGUGAGCAGAAGUGCCCACAGGUUCACUGCGAAGUAGCCGGAGUGGAAGAAAAAGAUACUGCCCCUGGCUAGAUUAUUUCACAUUUUUUUCUAAACUUCAUUUUACUAAUGCUGUGUCCCAGACAGAUUUGGGGUCUGGACACACAGGAGCGAGUCCUCUGGUGGGAGGGAAUUUUUCAGGUUCUGGACCCCUGAGCAAGCCCAAUUACCCUGUGGUCCCACGCUCACCAAUGAAAAGCCCAGAGAUCCAUCCUUCUGACUGAAUAACUGUUACAGCACUGGGCAGAGGACCCAAGUCUGGUAUUAAGCAUCUUUGGCCUUUCAUGGAUGAAUAAAGUCAUGAAUAAAUAGGAAUAAAGAACUGACCAUCUCAAAGCAUCUUUAAAGGGACAGUUAGGAAGGUGAGGUGUUGUGAGGGGUGCCCCUCACUUAGUGGUCUAAUGAGUAUAAGUGACUUCCAUAAAGCCCCUUGGAGGCUUUUCCAGCCACUCACUGCUAGCUAAAAUAUAGUGAAGACCAAAGCAGCCAAAACAGGCCAGCAUAUAUCUACAUCAUGAACUGGCAGGACAGAAAGCACCCGACUUUGGAGGGCACUUACCCUCCAGCUGGGUAUUCUUCUGACAGGGAGCCAUACACCCAAGUUCUCUCCACUGCCUCUGAGGCUCAGCAUGCACACAGCAGCACCUGGGCAGGUGGGGUGAGGAAGAGUGCUGGGACCACUGCCCACAGCACCUCAAAAGAAGGGAGUCGAGGUUAGGGAUGGAGGUGUUGUGUUGAGGAGUUGGGAGAAGGAGGGGACCACUGCGAGGCGGGAGGCACUAGGGUCCUCGUAAAAGACAGGGAUUGAACUGGCAUUAGAAAGUGCAAGGCUGGGCCACAGAGACACCUAGGAGCUUGUAGACAGAGGCUUCACUCAGAGAAGACAGCCCCUCCAGCCACCUUGUGUAACCCUGGGUUCAAAUGCAGAGCCCCUCAUGUUGGACUUCUUCCUCUCCAGGUCUCUUCAAACUACAGGCAAAGUACACUGUUGCCUUUAAAAAAAAUACAACUUGAUAAUUCAUAGGAAACAGAAAAUCUACAUUAAAUAUGUAUGACAACUUAGUACACAGUUAUAAACUCGAUCAGUGUGAACAUCAUAAUGAAUUAUCCUUUGGCUUCCUUCAGUGAGGACAGAACUACUUUAAUAAUCCAAAUUCUCAUUCAUUUUUGCUGGCUCACCGCCUUCUGGUCAUUUAAUUCAGGGACAGUAAUGGCAACUAUGCCACAAGACAUUUAAUUUAUUCGAUGACUCUGAAGGCCAUCCUUUCAUAAAGAUAAAUGAGUUCACCCGGCCCUGUUGAUCCCAUACAUACAUUAACAAGGUGGCAGGAACACCACCUUGGACACAGACAAGGGGACAAGAAGACACAGCAAAUGAAGGGAAGACCCCCUCCUAGCUCCCAGUCAGUGCUCAUUUACAUUUAAAUACGGAUCAGAGCACAGAAGGCCAGGCCUCUCCUGAAAAUUAUUACUAACCCUCCAGUCCCCACUGGCCAACGUGGUAUCACCUGGCCUCAAGGUCAAAGACGAGAAUGCACACAUGUCUGGGGUAGAGCAGCCUCACAGUACCACUGCUCCAAGCUGAGCUGCAUUUGAACUCCCCCUGCCUAGCCAAGAGCUAGGGCUGACCUUCCCUCUGGAAACAGAGAAGGAAGCCUCACAGUUUAAUCUCAAAACUCUCAGGUUUCAACACUAACCUAUCCCCACAAUUUUCAAAACAUCAUUUGAAAUCUUGUCCUACAGGGAUGCCUGGGUGGCUCAGUAGGUUAAGAGUCAGUCUGACUUUGGCUCAGGUCAUGAUCUCACGGUUAUUGGGUUCGAACCCGGCAUUGGGCUCUGUGCUGACAACUCAGAGCCUGAAGCCUGCUUCAGAUUCUGUCUCCCUCUCUUUCUGCCCCUCCCCUGCUUGCACUCUGUCUCUCUCAAAAAUGAAUAAAUAUUAAUUUUUUUUUUAAAUAAAAUCUCUUCUUAUAAAGUAAACAAAGAGAAGUCUUAGAACUAAGGCAAAUCAGCUACCAAAGAUGCCAGUUGGCCGUGGGCCCCCAACCUCAGGCGUCUGCAAACCUUCUCUACUUGGGGAGCCUCAGGGACCAAACUCCAGGUGGAAAUGGGACAUCUGCUGUUUUAUUAUUUCCAAUCUGCUUUAUGUACUACAUCUCAUAGAAAACAAUGCUUUAAAUAACUCUUACACCAGCCAUGGUCACAACAGAAGAGGCUGGGCCAGUGAGCCAGUGUGAGGCUAUUCUGAUUUUUGGAAGACAAGAGCUGGAAUACCUGUGUCCUCCAUAGAGAUAUAUCUACCAAUCAUACUCUCGCAGACGUUUUUUGUUCUGGCCGCCCCUGAGCAGGCCCUGAGGGCACAAUGUUUGUUCCAUCAAUGCACUUUGGCCCUAUCAAGAUUUCUCUCCGACUGACCUGGGAAGGGAUGCCAGAGAGCCAUUUGGUAGGAUUCAAACAGAUGAAACUAAACACCCACACAGAGAUGGUGUAACUUACUGCAGGGAGAUGUCAGCCAGUGAUGCCCUGAAGUCUCGUCUUGCCAACCCAAUUUUACCUGCUGUUUUCAACUUAGAGCUUUACUCUGACUAGGAGAGAAUGACUGAUACAGAGGGAAGCUGUGAUACCAUCUAAUGUUAUUGUUACUGAGAAAUGUAAAGUUAAGUACCUGGGAUUCUAAGACAUACCAGAAAUAGGACUGAAGAGAAGAAAUACUAAUUGCUCAAGGUCUUGAAACUGAGCAAAACCAGUCAAAAUUCUAACAGUCUUGCCCUGAGUGUUCUAGCACUUUCCCCAGCCAUGCCUCCUCACUAACUAUACACAGACUCUAAGGGAUUCAGCUCUACUGUCCGUUCUCCAGGAGUGCAGACAGGCCCCAGCCAUGACGGGUGCCUCCCCAACUGCCAUGGGGGCCACCUGUGAAGCUUGAAACUAUGAUGAUGCCAGGCCACUCUAGAAGACCAGGAACCCCAGAGGACUCUGAUGUGCAGCCAAGGUCCAACCCCUGGGCUGGGCAGUGACCACCAAAAGGCCAGGUCCUGGGAACACCACCCUGCCUCCUCAUCUCCCAGCUUCCCUGGCACAUUUUAUAGUCAGAGCACGGUUUCUGGCCCAGCAGUGUACUGGCCCUGUGUUCCCAGUGACUUUGGGAAAAUCACUCCCCCCAGCUUCCAUUCCCCUAUAAAAUGAGGCCACAUCUCUUUCCAUCAGUAAAAGGUCAGUGUAUGUGAAAACCCCUUUUUUUUAAAUUUAUUUAAAAAAUAAAUUAACUGAACACUUUCAGAGAGAGAAAGCACUCAUUGGGGGAGGGACAGAGAGAGAGGGAGAGAGAGAGAAUCCCAAGCAGGCACCAUGCUGUUAGCACAGCACCCAACACAAGGCUCAACUCCAACUCAGGAACCAUGAGAUGAUGACCUGAGACGAAAUCAAGAGUCAGAUGCUUAACUGACUGAGCCACCCAGGAGUCCCUGUGAAAACACUUUCUAAACUACAGACCACUCUGCAAAUGCAUGUUGAUGAUAAAAAUCUCAAAACAGGGCCUCUGUCAUAUGAAAGGCAAUAAGUGAAUCCUGACAGAAUUUUUGUAAUAGAUAAUAAAGAAGCACACAAUGAAUGAAUCACUUAAUUUAAUUUUAAAAGCAUGUUAGUAAUUCACAUUAGUGCAAAUCUGCUUCAUGUUUACAACAAAAGCACACCACAUACUUAAACCUAACAAGACUAUAUUUUGUACCUCACCAUGGCAAAUUACCAGAUAAAACACAGCAAAUGACACUUUGAGACAGAAAAUCAAAAUCUGAGUCAAAAUCAAGACUCCUUUGCUGAAAACUCUGCAAAGCAAUUUACCAGCUUCUCUGCACUGCUAAAAAGUAAGCACUAACACCAAAGCCCUCUGUUCUCAAUCAAGAAGUCAACUUAUAUAUGCUCCUCACAUUUAAAUUGUUUUUUAUGGCAGAAUGAUCAGGCUUUCCCUUUUCCUGUACAGCUGAUGUAUGGGAUGCACCAUUAUCUACUAAGAAGUAUUUAAUAAUCACUACUCAACUUUCUUUCCUAUAAAGUAAUAUAAAUAACAUUAAGUCAUUCACCUAAUACAUUCUGCAUUGCAUCAACUGGACUGAAGCCAAUCUCUGACCCUGUGCUACUGCUGCUGCACAUAAAGCCAUCCCUGAACAGGUAACACCAGAUGAGCCAACCACCAGAUCCUGCCUGUUUCCCCUAAAAUGAGGCCAGCCCAACACAUGGGAGGGGGGUGGCCGCUGUUGGGAAAGGGAAUGAAGGGAUUAGUGCCAGCUAGUGCAACACCACAUAAAUGGUUGAGAUUUUACCACAGCUAUCAAUCCUCUUUGAAUUUUAAUAUCAUUACCUAUUGAAAAUAUUUCCUUUGUUAAGUUACUUAAAACAAUUCCAGAGAGACGAUCUCCUAUGGAUUCUCACAAACAGGACAGAAAGGAACAGAUAUUAGGCCCAUUUUGUAGGCUGGAAACAGGAACACAGUAUGACAUCAACAAGCCCAAGAAUAAAGCACUGCCAGGAGGCAAUGGCUGGAGGGGCUGCCCUGUGCCCUGAGCCAGUCAGAUGGACUGCUUGUCCCUAAACAAGGUCCUGACCAAAAUGAUCCUCUUAUCAGCCCUCAAUGGAAUCAAAUUCCAGUCCCUGUUAACAUAAUUAUAUUAGAGAAAAACUCCCAGGCAACACCAUCAAAAAAGAUUAAUCAGCAGAAAAGUCAAUUUAAUUAUCAUUAUUACAUGGGUUCCCCUGACAAAAUUAGGACCAGUGUACAGGCAUACCUGUCAGGAUAUACAGCAACUUCAGGCUUGUGACCCUCUAGCAAAUGGCACUAGCAUGUGCACUAUUCAUCUGUGGGCCUAGUGGUGAGGAACAAAGGUAUGUAAACAGGACCUGCCUAAAUUCUCCCCUGCAGUACCCAGCUGCUGGAUCAUUCCAUCAACGUGGUAAGUUGUUCACAGAGAAGAGCCCAGGGAGUCCUGAGCUGCUGCUUCUAUGCAUUUACUCGGGUCCUUGCCUUUAAAUGGUUAUAGGGACUCAGGAGUCUUGAAAAGCCUCUGGUUCAGAGUGGGGCAGGCUGGAGGGUGUGAGCUAUGGAAGGGAACACCCAGGAUCAAGGUCCCAAGUCCCACACAACUCUACAUCUAGAGUUAGAAUAUGGCUCUAAGGUCUUUACUUACAUAGCUCUGCCCACUGGCCUCAACACAUGUUUGCACUGAGCUCUCCUUGCCCUUCCCAUGCCCCUCCCCCAAAGACAGGUAUUACCCCAUUUUACAGUAAAGACACUGAGGCUGGCAGGACAGCCAGUAGCAAAAACAAGAUCCUUAGACAGCUCAUCUACGCUCUAUCCACCAAACCUUGAGGCCUGUUAUAAGUGUAUGAAGUCUCCUAAGUCCUAGAGAAUCACUGUACUUAGAAAGGUUUUUUUUUUAACAGAAAACAGUUUAACAUGGACUUAUCCUCCCUAUGGCAAAUUAUGCUUCCCUCUAAAUGCAAUGUCAAACCCAGGGGAGAGGUAUCCCACAGGGGCCCAGACAUCCACAGGGUCUCACUGUCCACUUCCAAGGACUGGCAGGUGCAGGUGGAAAGGGCUGUGUGCAUGGUACCUCCUGGAAUAGGAGUGGUGCCCAGUGUGAGGACUCCUGGCACAGCUACAGUCAGGCUGGCUAAACAGACUGAAGGUUGAGUCUGCAGAGGAAGGGGGCCCUGAAGGAGCCCAGGUAUAGGUGCCCAUCGUGCUCGUGCACUUCACUGAUGUAGGAAGCCACCUGCCCGUCGGGAUCGUGCAAGCUUCUCCGGAACGCCCCGCUGUCGCUGAGUUCUAGAACAAGGCUGUACCGUGGCACAAACUUCAUCACAGUCUCCUGACUAAACAGCU